CUCCACCCUAGCCUCGCCACACUCGUCUCCCGCCACAGAGGACCUUUUCAUUCCAUCCCGUCGCGUGUGGCUAUCCUUCAUUGAGCGAUUGACCGGAGCUACUCAGCAUGAUGGUUCGGUACUUGGCCUUCCUAGCGCUCUGUGCAAUACUCUCUUUGGCGUUUGGACAAGCGCCACGCCCAAAUGGUGUGGGAACCGCAUCGUUGGAUUCUGUUGAUCCAGGCGAAAACGAAUUUGAAGAACGCGAAGAGACGCCCUGCCACAACGAAUUCCGCACGUACGACGGUACAUGCACCAACGAACGCCACAAAACUUGGGCAUCCGCGGGCCGACCGCACUUCUCUUACUUUCCGAAUCGCAGCUCCAGAACCCCUACUGGACGUGAGCUGCCCUCUCCGCGUUUGAUAUCAAACAUUCUAUGCAAGCAAGUCGGCAAUGUUUACAACAGAAGAGGGCUAAGCGAGCUAUUGACGUUUUUCGGGCAGUUUCUAGACCACACUAUCGUUGCAUCUCCAGUGGAUAAGACGCAGCCAAUGCCGAUUUCAGUGCCCCCCUACGACCCUGUGUUUCAAAACUUUUCAAGAGGAAAUAUGCCAUUCGAAAGGACGGAGCGCGGCAAAAUGGAAGAGCAUAGUGCGGUUGAGGGUCCGAUCAACUCUUUGUCCUCAGCAAUCGACUUGUCGUCUGUCUAUGGGUCAGACGAGCUGCGCGCGAAAGCUUUGCGGAGUUAUUGGAAAGGAGGUAUGGCAACGAGCGCGGGCAAUAACCUUCCCAUCAACACUGCUGGUAUUCGCAACGCGCCCACGAAAGAGUCGAAAUACUUCUUGGCUGGAGAUCAUCGAGCAAAUGAGCACCCUGUCUUGACAUCCCUUCAUACCCUCUUCAUGCGGGAACACAACCUGAUAUGUGAAGAACUAGCCGAGAGGUUUCCAGAUUGGGAUGACGAGCAGCUUUUCCAAAUGGCCAGAAAAAUCAAUGGUGCCCAAUUUCAGAAAAUUGUCUAUGAGCAGUUCUUGCCUGCCAUUACAGGAAGAAGGCUUAAAGGGUACAGAGGGUAUAGAUCUGAGGCCAAUCCAACAGUCAGCAACAUAUUCAGCACAGCAGCGUUUCGUGUUGGGCAUACUCUGGUUGGCAACGGGAUCAAUAGACGCGGACCGUUCAUGUGGAAAAUGGCUUCCCUUUCUAUGCAGCAGAUGUUUUUCAGGCCAGUCGAUGUCCUGAGGGAAGGAAUAGAACCGUUCUUGCGAGGUGCAAUUUUUAAUCGCGCACAGGAAAUAGAUCCUCUAGUUCACGACUCUUUGCGAAACUUUUUGUUCACAGGCAUUCCCCAAGAAAAUGGCUUUGACUUGAUCGCUCUCAACAUCCAGAGAGGGAGGGACCACGCGUUACCCACGUACAACGAAAUACGAAGGCUGUGCCACAGAAGACCUGCUCACUUUUUUAGCGAUAUUACGAGAAGCGCAAGUCUCCAAUCCAUUCUCCUUCAUCUAUACGGAACACCGGAUCGUGUGGAAGCAUGGGUGGGGCUUAUGUCCGAAGACCAUUUACCGGGAUCUUCAAUGGGCCCGACUUUGUUGCGUGUGUGGGCUGCCGAGUUCGAAAGAUUGCGAGAUGGUGAUCGAUUUUUCUACAGACAAUGGGGGUUAUUCCCGAAAGAAGUGUGGGACGCAGUGCCGAGACUACGAUCAAUGUACUAUGAGAGAGACACUUUGCGAUCAAUAAUUCUGCGAAAUUCAGACGUCAAACACUACGAAAUCCCAUACGAUGUUUUCAGAAGUAUGGUCUGA